UGCGGUGUCUCGGCUGUGUCCUGGUGCUUUCUCGGAGGUGUAAACGAAGGGCUAAAUCUGCUUUCCAGAGAUCAUGUGGAAGUGGAGCUAAGAAAUGUAUUUGCGCCUAGCUAAUGAAAGAUAACUACAUCUUACACGGAUGUGAGGCUAUUUUUCAGGUUUAAAGCCUUAGGCGAACAUGAGAGGUAUGGAAGGAGAGCAGUUAGGUGUGAGAGCAGCUCCUGCUUUGCGGAGGCCCCUCUGAGGGAACAGGGGAGAGGGGAGUCCCCUCUGAGGGGAGUAUUAUCAUCUCAGUUAUGACCUGGAGCAGCCCAGGGCUUUCCGGCUGUCCGUCUGCCUUAUUUCCACCUCUUUCUUCCUUUGCUGUAGCUGCUCUGGUAAUACUGCCGCUGUCUUUCACAAUAGAGACGCUCUCUGGUGGUGGAAGACAGCGACAAAGGCAUCUAAUUCAAAUGUUAGCACAAAGUGUAAUUUUUUUUUUAAAGUCAGCUGUCCCAUGUUAGGAAUUUGUAUCCCCUGUGUAUAAGUAGAGAAAACCAGUUAGUUACUACGAGAACAGCAAACAUUGAGAUGCACUGGGAUUUUAAAACGGGUAUCAGAGGUGUCUAUUGGAAAGCAACCCCUCUUUGUGGUGCUGGUCUUGGCUCACUGGUUUUUGAACUUAGUAUGUUAGUUAUAAGAAGGGUGGGCAUGUUUGUGUAUAAGCCUAUGUUUUCAGGCAUUAGCAAAUACAUUGAUCUCUAAAUUUUGAGGUAGGCUUCUCUUAAAAAGCAUACUUUUCUCUGUUCGUCUUGCUGAAUGGAUUAGGGAAGAGAUGGGCGUGUUUACUGUCACGCUAGCUAAUCCGUUUUUUCUUUUGAGCUUGCUAUUGGUGGGUUUGACAAAGAGGUGACAGUGAGGAGAUAGAUUUCAGGGACGCAUGUCCAGAGGCUGGUGAAAUUCGUAUUUCAGGGUUUUUUUUUGUAUUGUGUCCCAACAGGCCUUGAUAUGGAGUUUACAGGCUUGCAUUCAGCUUUCCCACAAAAUAAAAGGCCAAGGUAAAGGUGUUGCACUUGAAACAUGAGAAAGAGUAGCUUUGUGGAAAAAAAAAAUCAAUGUAUUGCAAAAGUUCUUAUUUCCUUUCCCCUGCCCCAUACUUCUGUGGGUUUUUGUUUGUUUGUCUUUAAUAGUCUGUUUGAUUCACCGGCUGAGUGGUAUCUGAAGGCCAGGCGGAGCGUUCAGCGCUUUACGGUUAGUCAGUUUGGUAAGUGCUGUUCCCAACAGAUAAAGCAAGAGGAUCUCCCCAGGUCCCUGCUGCAGUUGUCCGCAUCUAGCAUUCAGUUCCUGUCUCAUUAUGGCUUUGACUAUAAUAAGUUCCUGAAAGAUGGAAUCCCAUACAUGAACGAGUUACAGGAGAAGACCCUUAGCCAGCAUCUCUUGGCAGGUAGCUGGAAAGUCUGCAGUGUCCUGGACAGGGAAAGGAUGAAGAAGGCAAUUGAUGAGGUGACGUGCUGGAUAGCAGCAGCAGAGGAAGAGGAAACUAUGAUUCUGCAGGAUCUGAGUGGCAUUUCGAUGUUUGAAGUUCAGCUGGUUCUAAGGCGAGCUCUCCAGAACGUUUGGACACAGCCUCUUGGAGACAGUGAGGUAAUGGUGAAAAAAGUGAGUCCACAGCAUCGUCGGCUUCUGGAGAACUCUUCUUAUGACUGCUGCCAGAAAGAGCUCAUUCUUAUGUCUGCCCGGGGCUUCACCAACCUCUUCCAGGCACUUGUUAAAGCCAAGAAGCCCCUGGUGGGACACAACAUGCUCAUGGAUCUUUUGCAUCUUCAUGACAAGUUCUACAAGCCCCUUCCAGAAAGCUAUGAGGAGUUUAAAAGGAACAUUCACAGCUUGUUUCCUGUCCUCAUAGACACCAAGACUGUAACGAAAUCCAUCUGGAAGAAAUACCCAUUUCCUCGAGUAUCUAAUCUUUUGGAGGUAUAUGAAGUUUUGUGCAGCAGUGACCUAAAUCCCACAGAUCCAACAUGUCCAGUGAUUGUUCUUGCAAGCGACUGCUCAAGAUACGCUGAGAAGAAGUCUCCUCAUGAGGCAGGCUAUGAUGCAUUUCUCUGUGGCUCAGUCCUUCUGAAAGGAGCUCACUUGCUACUGGGCAGAUCGACAAGUGUCACUGCAGAGGCUGAUCUUUCUUUCUCUGAGUAUCUCAGCGCAUUAGUCAAGUAUCUGAACAAGGUGCAUUUCAUCCAAGGUGGCGUUUCAAGCAUUAAUUUUUCUGGGGUAGAUGCUCCUUGCCGACGUCCUCCUCUGUUGGUUGUCCACGUCCACGGUUGGCGAGGGCUGAAUGAAAGGCAGAUUUACCAAGAGUUAAAAGCUCUUUGUCGGUUUGAUGUUAAACUUCUUUCAGAGAACCAGUUCAUUUUGCUCUCCAGUAAAUUUAAGUAUGCCAGGCUUGCUCUACAAGAGUAUAAAGAUCACCCUAAUCUGCAGAUUUCUCUUUAUCACCACUGGAGGCACUCUCCACACGUAAACUGCCUCUUGCAAGUCUCCAGUAUUGUGGCACUGUGGUCUCUCUUGGCCUUCGUACUGGGAGGAGCUCCUUGCCAUUCCGUGUAAAGGAUUGCUUUACGGAUGAGACCUGAGGAAUAGUGAUCUUAUUUUCUUUCUGUCUAUGUUUUGUUUUAUUUUUCUUGCACAAUAAAGUAUGAGCAGUAAGAAGGUG